CGUAGUUUAAUGACGUAUUGUUCGUUUGACUUUUGAGAUGGCCAAAAUAAAAGAAAAAGUGCAAAAAGACGAUAAAGAAGUGCUGUUAAUAGCGCAGGACAUUAAAUUUGCAAAGUCGCUGGCAUGUAAUAAUAAGAGGAUUCGAGAUCGAGCCCUAAAAGCCCUUAAAAAAUGGUUACAACUCCGACUGUUGAGAAUGCCUUUUACGGAAAAAGACUUCAUGAUAAUAUGGAAAGGCUUGUUUUAUUCAAUGUGGAUGUCGGAUAAAAUGUUAAUACAGGAAGAAUGUGCAGAAAAUAUAUCGGCUUUGGUUCAUUUUCCAACUUGGGAAGAUUCCUUACUGUUUUUCAAAUGUGGCUUACGAACUUUAAUUGAACAGUGGUUUGGAAUUGAUCAGUUACGUUUGGAUAAAUUUGCAAUGUUUGUGAGACGACUAUUAAGGCAAAGUCUUAUUGUUUUAUCCAAUGAGAAUUGGAAUCAAAAGGUUGUGGACCAGUAUAAUGAAAUUUUAUCUGAAACAGUACUUAACACAGAAAAAAUGCCUCCCGUUGGAUUAGGGAUGCAUUUUGUUGAAAUUUACCUGGAAGAGUUGGCAAAAGUUUCAAAAGGAGAAAUAGAAGCCAACAUUGUGACAACACUACUAAAACCUUUUAUGAGACAGAUAGCUCUGAUUAGAGAGUCGCGUUUGACAAGCCAUAUAAACAAAUUCAUUUUUCGUUAUUUAAUGUGGCAAUCAGACCUUGGUAUUGAUUAUAAUGAACGAUAUAGAGAAUGGAGACAGCGUGGAUUUCCCGGAGGUACAAUAGACGUUAUUCAAAAAGAGGAAUUGUCUGAUGAUGGAACAAUAUCAGACAGUGAAAGUGAAGCUGAUGAAGAUGUUCAUAAACCUCUCGAUCCAAGAGCUGGUCAUGUUGAUGUAGAACUUCCUCAGAUUCCAAUAGAUCCAAAAGAAAUAGGCGAAAGUUUGAAAAACUUUAGAUUUAUUAAGAAUACCACUACAAGGAAUCGAAGGACAAUUAAUAAAAUUAUUAAUGAGUUUGAACAAAUGGCUAGGGGAGAAUUUCCUCUUGGUUCUAAAGAAGUACCAGUUCUUAAGAAAGACUCUUCGAUUUCUAUUAAGAAUUCUUUAAAAAGAUUAGCAAAUUUUGAAAAUGAACUUCUCAACGAAGAGAAGAAAAAGCUGAAAAAGCCAAAAGAAGAGCGGCAAGCUGAAGACUUACCAAAAAAGAAAAACAAGAGUAGCACUCAAAACAAUGAGGAUUUGAAAGGUCAACUUGAAAAAUUCAUACAAGAGAGCGAAGGUAAUCUUUUCGACGAUAUGAGAAAAACUGAGAAAAUUAAAAGAAAAAUUAUCCACAAGAAAUCGGAUAUUAACGAAAUGAACAAGGUAUUAACAAAACGAAAAAAGCUAGCGACAAACCUUUAUAAAAGUGACAAGCUUAAAGUUAAAUCGACGAAAUUAAAACGACUAAAGACUUUUGAUUUGGAUGCUCAAGGUUCGUUUCAGAGGAAUUCAGGAAUUUGGUACGUUUAUAACGUUCAGAAUGCAGAAGAUGACAAGAAAACUCUCAGUGAUGACUUACAGGUCUCAAAAGAUGUAAUAGAAGACAAAAUUUUAAGUUCCAAUCCACCAAUACAAAUUACGAAUAUCGUAGAAAAAUCUAAAAGCGACAAAUUAAUUUUAAAAAGUCCUAGAGCAGGCCAUAAGAAUUUAAAGAGUCCUGUAAUAUCUCCCAAGAUUACAGAAGAAUGUCCAAAUGUCUCUGUAAUUAAAAGUGAAGAAUCAGGCGAAGAAAAUGAGGAAAUUGAUAUUGUAAAAAAAACAACUAUUAUUUCUAAAAGAAGAUUAAGUUUACAAAAUCCGAUUAUAACAAGUACUCCUGAAAAAGAAGAUAUUCUAUUCCCUAAGAGCGAAUGGGAUACGCCCCCAAAAGAGGGCGAAAUCGAUAUUUUUAUACCGUCUAAGAAAUAUAAGCAAAAACUUAUUCAAAAACACAACCAAACACUUCCAACGGUAUUAAAUGGUUCUAUUAAGAAAACAAAAAAGAAAGACCCGAAUAUGGUACGAAAUCCAUUUUCGAAAUUAAAUUUGACCGAAAACAGUGCAAAGAAAGUAAAAAUCGCUCUUAAUCUUAAUAAAUCCCAAGAAAUUCACGAGCACUUCAAAAUGAUAAAAAGUUCACCAGCGAUACCGUUCGAUGCCGAAAAAAAACCUUCGAAACCCUUGCUGAAAAAACCUGUAAUCGCGUCUCCCAUAAAUCCCUUUUAUAGACAUAAACUAAGCAUAUGAAAUCGUUUAUUAAAUUGUCUUCAUUAGUUGCAUAUUUCACUUUUGCUAAAUAAACAGUUCUCUUUUUGUUUAA